CCUUCUCUCCGGAGCGCGCGCGCGCUUGAGGGAGAGGUAAAGUUUUGAAAUUAUUUCCAGGGAGAGGCGUGACGAGAAGGCCGGUGUUUUGUCCUUUUGCGUCGGAUGUGGAUCAGAGGAAUGCCGCAAUGAGUCACUUCAGAAAUUACAGAACAAGAUACAUCAACAAAGAAGGGCAACAGAAACCUAUUGACAUACCAGGAGAUAAGGUGUUGAGUUAUAUACAAAGCUGCUUUGAAAAUUGUGCCAAGAAAUUUGCAGUACAUUCUCCUGCUGUAUCAUGUUCAUCGUCCUCCACUCUUGAGCAGGAUCAGGAUGAAUUUCCACUUGAAAGCAAAGAGAAAGAGCAACCAGAGCCAGAAAUGUGUGUGCCAAACGAAUGCAAUGCUGUCCCCUGUUUACCAUCACCAAAUAAUAAAAACAAAUGUCCUGGCGAGAAUGCACCAGAAGAUGAUGAAGAAUCAAGUAUUCGGGAUUUUCAAGAGGAUUAUAUUGAUGUCUUGUCCUUAGGAUCACCUGUUCUCUUACAGGUUGAUGAAAAAUGUGAAAAAAUGUUUUGUUCUCAUGAAGAUCUAUUUACUUGUAGUGUUGAGCACAACAGAGAUGUUGCACAAUCUGAAAUGUGCCCUGCAAGCAAAGAAACAAAGGAACUUCUCCCUGACGAAACAAAAUGUUCAGCUGCAUCUUCCAAUCCAAACAGAAGGCCUGAGUCCCAAGCAGCAUUAGAAGCUGUGACAACUUCUUUUACACACAGAAAUGCAGCCAAUAUAGAUCCAGAAGAUGACUGUGAGUUUUUGAUAGAGGAGUCAUUUGGAAUGUCUUCUAGAUCUUGGAUUUCAGCAUCUCAAAAGAAACAAAAUCCACAAAGAAAGAAUGCAAUAUCUGCACCAUCUAAAUCAAAAAAAGACGCCAACAAGCCUAGUGUGAGAAAAAAAGAUAAAAAAACUUCAGAAAAGCCUGUCCCACCAAGCCUCGUAAAUCAAACCAAGUUAAAGUCAACAAAUGUUGCUGGAACCACUGUUGAUGGGUUGAAAAAUGUUUCAAGAACUCAUGAAAUGAUGUCUUUAAUAGAUGACCAGCCAUUGCUGGUUUUAAAUACCUUCCAAGUAGGACGACGGAAAAUACAUUCCAAAAAUAUGGCGUCAGCAGAAAUAAGUAAUACAACUCCUGCAGAUAUAAAUCAGACAGAGGACCAUGUAGCCUUAUUGGAAGAGAAUGUCAGUGCUUCAGUACAGUCACAACCUGGUUUAAGGACAGAAGAAUUAUCAUCUAAUUGUAAGGAAACUGUGAAACACAAACACUCAAAAACAAAAACUUCAGUAGAAAGGCAGAAUGAGGAGAACCAGGAGAAGACCCCCAACAUCAUAGGCUUGGAGAAUCACCAGCCCUUUGAGAAUAUAGGCACGUACUCUGAACGCUCAGGUUCUGUUUUUAGCCCCAUUUUGUCUGUAAAAACUUCAGAACAAAAGUCAUCCAAUAAAAAUUCACAACCUGUAGGAUUAAAGUCACAUAAUAAAAAACAACUGAAAAAGAAAAACACUCCAAGAACUGCACAAUCCAAAAAACAAUCCCAAACUCAGCUGAGUGCUAUUAAAGACUCUGUUAUUAGACCCACUGGAAGGAAGAAGAUAGUACUGGUUUCAGAUGAGAGCUCUGAAACUGAGCAUGAAGAUGAACGCUGUGACAAAGGGGCUGAAAACUCUUAUUCAUAUAAGCUAAGAAAAAUAAAUCGUUCAAGAGAGGCAUCUCAAAAAAGAAGACAGGCUUCUUUAAUAAGCUCUGAAGAUAGUGAUUGUGAACGGGUAUCUUGCCAAGAAGAUUCUUUCUAUCUGACAGAAGAAAGAUUAUAUCCUUCUGAGAAGCGAUCAAAUAGCACUACAGAUUCAUCACAGUAUUUUCCUAUACCAGAUGUAAAUGCGAACAAUGCCAGUGGCCUGCUUGUUGACAGGAAAAAAUCUUCCAAGCACGAGGAGACUUUUGACAGCAAGGAAUUAAAUUCAGAUUACUCUAGAGACUUCAUAGACUCUCUGGAUGGAUUGGCAUCAAAUACACUAAAGCGCAAAUUAGUCUUGCCAACCAACACACCCAAUGUUCGUCGGACUAAAAGAUUGCGUAUCAAACCAUUGGAGUAUUGGCGUGGAGAACGUGUGAAAUAUAAGACAAGGCCUUCAGGAGGCCUUGUCAUUAACGGGAUAAUAUCACCUGAACAAACAGAACUCAGAAAACCUAAAAAAAACACAAACCCUGUUGUGGAAUUGGACAAUAUGCCAGAGAGCUUCUUACAAGGUCCUUCUCAGCCAGCUGUUGUAUUUGAUGCAGUGUCAAAUCAAGAGAUUCUUUUACAAUGUGUGAACAGUGGUACUUCACACUUGCAUUUCAUCGAUAAUGAAGCACUGUCCAUAUAUAAAUAUCUGACUACACCUUCCUUUUCGGCUGGCAAAAUGAUAUUAAAACCAUUAAAAGAAAAAGGAUAUCAGUAUUCUCACACAGAUACACUGGUCUUUCAUAUUACUAAAGGCAAACUUCUUUUGACUCUGUAUGACCAGUAUUACUAUUUGACAGUUGGAGAUUAUUUCUUUGUUCCACCUGAGAAUGUUUACAACAUACGCAAUCUCUUGAAUAAAGAAUGUAUCAUCCUCUUCACACAACUGAAAGGAAAGAGGUCAGAAAGCGAAUGAAAUUUACCUUCGUAUCCCGUUUUCUUGGAAGAUCACAGAGAUCACCAUGUGCUGUUAAUUGCAAGGUUUCUCAGCAAUUUUGUUUCCUUACCAGUUCUCCAGUUACAUUUUCCGGGAUCACAAAAUGAACACAGCUGUGUUUGCAGAAGAAUUGUAUAUUUUCCUGAAGGUUCAAAUUGCAGGAGCUCUCUGAUUUCUUGUAAUAAAAGUAUAGGUGACUCUAAAUGACACAAACUUUUAAAAACAGUUUUAUUUUAAAGGAUUUGAAUUGCCUUCAAAUGGCAUUAAACAGGAUGAACAGGCAGGCUCUCGUUCUAACAGUGUCAGUGGCAUAAGCCAAAGCUAUUGCUUCUAUUGCAGCUGUGGUGUUUCUCCCACUGGACAAGUGGGAGAAAGCUGUUUUCUGCUUGGAAAGCAAUUUGCUGCAUGGCUUUCCUGCUGCAGCACUGCUGCAAUGCUGGGACUGGAGACAGGCUUUCUCUAAACUAAGGCUCUCAAAUGGACAUUACGGCCAGAGUGAAGAAGUUGGAUAACAUCGGCACAGGGAUAUUUGUUGCUUUCUCCUGCGUUCUGUGGUUAAUAGCUUUGUUCAAAUAUUAGAUAUUGUUCUGCUUAGUAUUUGCAGAUUUUUGUUUGUCAAAUAUAUAUGUUAAUAAAAUAGUCAUUUUGCUUA